UGAACUCGUUCCCAUCUGAUGCCCAAAAAUAAGCCGAAUAAAACAAAUAAUUACAAAUCAACAUGAAUAAUGGAAAUAUUAAACGCCUUCAAAAGAAACUAAGCGUUUCUAAAAAGCCAGCUGUCACAGUGGAUUCACCCUUGGCCAAGUAUGACUCCGCAGGAACCUUGACCUGUAUAAUUUGCAGGAUUCCCAUCAAGCCCAGCGUCUGGAAGGUGCACAUCAACUCCAAGCAACACAAGCUAAAUGUGGAUCAGGCCAAGCAGAAUAAGAUAGAUAAACCUGUCACUAAUACUGCCCCCAAGGAACCAUCAGUACCGUCUUCGACAGCUCCCACUCCUGUCACCAAAUCCAGCGCUCAUCCGGAAAAAACUCCACAGACCAGCCAAGAAAAGAAUACUCCCAUCAUUCAUGAGAAACCCACUCAGCCAAAUUCAAGCAACAAGACUGUCACUGAAUCCGUUUCCGAAAAAUUGCCAGAAAAGUUUUUCGACGAGGACAAGACCAGUAAAUCCGAGGCAGCCCGUCUCCAAGACGAGGAGUGGCAGCGAUUCCAACAAGAGAUCAAGAGAGCUGACACGGAGUCCAGUGUUAUAGUAGCCGACGAGCAGGAAGACAUCAAUCUCAAGAGGCACAUUAAGGAAAUAGACGAGCAAAUCGAUAACUGGAAGAGAUUCAUUAAAAUAAACGAUCAGAAAACUUUGCUUUUGAGUAACAAGAGGCGAGUUAAUCCCAAAGUAGAAAUAGAUCCUGAAUUAAGUUCAAGCGAGGAAGAUUGCAGUGUGGACGAUUUGUUCGACUGGAGAACGAAAAACUUGCAUAGAUAGAUCAAUAAAUAUAUUAAAAUGUUGCU